UUCAAACACGCCCUCUUUCUUCGUUACCGGCAGAACGACGCCGCCGGUAAAAACUAAAAAGGCCGCAGCCAUAGGAGGGAGCGGAAGUGGAUGAUUGAUGGCGGGAGCACAAAGCAGGGCGACGGCCGGCGUUAUGGUUAGGCUUCCGGUUCCGUUACUGAAGCAACAGAAGUUGUAUUUCGCGGGAUUGAAUUACGUUUUCCGCAUCCCAGUGGCGGGUUCGAGUGCAUCUUCGAGUGGGUUGUAUAGAUGUGGAAGUUGUGCGGCCGAGGAACGAGUCUCGGUGGACAUGGGAAAGUACAAGGAGGGUUUUGCAAGGAGAAUGGCUAUGGCCGGACUCCAACCUUACCAUUCUAUCGCUGUAGGAGUAUCAGGUGGGCCUGACAGCAUGGCAUUGUGUUUCCUAACGGCUGCUUGGAAAACUGAUGAUCCUAAUGCUGCUGGGAAGAGUGAUGGUUAUGUUGAUGGACUUUUGGCCAUAAUUGUUGAUCAUGGCCUACGUAUCAAAAUUUUCAGAAAGUUUGAAUUCACCAUCAAAUUGGUGUGCUACUUAUUGCUCAUCAUGCAGACGAUCAGGUUUGCUUGGAAAACAAUUUUGCAGGCGGAGCUACUGAUUCUUCGACUUUCACGCGGUAGUGGUGUACUUGGACUUGCAGGCAUGGCAUUUACUUCUCAGUUGUUCUCGACAUGUACAGUUUUGCAUAAAGGUUCGGACAAUAAAGGCCUACUUCUAGUGCGUCCACUCUUGCAUUUUUCUAAAGAAGAUAUGUACAAGAUAUGUCAAGCAAGUAAUCUAGACUGGGUGGAGGACCCAACAAAUCGAAGUGCAGCAUAUGCUCGAAAUAGGAUCAGAAUGUCACUGGGAAAUUUUUCAUCAUAUGCAGUUGGUGUGAAAUUCAUGGACAUAACAUGCCAAUCAGUCGUAACAGAAGCUGAAAGACUGGGUAUCAUCAGCGAGUCGACUCAGAGAAAUAUAACCUUACUGGAGAGGAAUGAAACAAAGCAUUUCAAGCCUGAGAAUAAGGUUCACUUGAAGCAUGAGAGCGCAGAGAAUCCCCACACCUCGGCAUCUGAAAAGCAUUGGAUUCCAGUGUUGCCCUUGUUUGAUUGUGUCCUGUGCAUUCAAGCCAAGAAUGCCACUAGGGGGAGGUCACUCUUCAUUUUUGUAGUUUAUGCAGCUUAAGGCAGUGCACAUGUAUAAUAGAGGCCUUCAAUUUUUGUGUUUGUUGUUGCUCAUUUCUAUCAUCUUCAGAUUAGAAAUAGUAAAUAGAAUGAUUGAACCACAAAUUCUUAGCUUCAACUUGAGCAUGAACAAAUUGUUCUCUACAUUAUGCAGUUAGGAACAUCAAUAGUAACCCUGUCAAAUCACAGGAUUCACUCUGAUUCUUGCAUUAAAGUUGGGGAACGAAUUAUUACAGUUGAUACAAAAUCAUACAAUAGGAGCAACUAAUUCAAUUCCCAAAUCCAAUCUUCAACAAGCCUAUCCUGCUAACUCUCCUCAUGUUACAGCUAUGAGUGAGAUUCAAAGAGUAACACAGUCAAAAAUGAAAAGAAGUUGAGACAGGAAAAGAGAAGAGAAUAUCAUGAUUAUCAUAAUCUGCCUUGCCCUCCUUUCUCUUUCAAAAUCUGGACCGAUUUGAACCACUGUUUCCAUGGAGCAUCUUUUUGUUGCUCGACCCACGACAAGAAAGCGCUGUCUAUCAAGCAAAAGAAAUUGACAUAGAGAAGUUGGUACUGUACUGGUACAUAUCUGAAGUUAGCCACUUGAACCAGUGGCCAAAUACCGCCUUCCAAGGCCAGCGAUGGAAGGAAGUCCCUCUUCACGUCUUCUUUCACUUGAGCAGCAUUCUUCCCAGUAGAAAAUCCCAUGUAGGUGAAAAAUACUAGCAGAUCCAAGGGCCCAAAGAUUAUGCUGUCAGCUGCCACUUUAGCAGCCACAAACCGAGCUGAUUUUGGUGUUAGUUUAAGUCUCAACCUGAUAAACUUGUCCAAGUUCUCAUACCUAAAGAAAUACGACUUUAGUUAAGUUAAGAACUGAUCAAAGAAUAUAGCUUCAACUUGCUGCUUAAAGUACAUCUAAAUGAUUGCAGAGAAAGAUGAAGAGGCAAACCAGAAAUGGCCAACUGGACCGACAAAUCCAAGGCCAAA